UGUGCACCCCUCAGCCUCUACCCGGCUAGGGCUGUUUGCAAACUUCUGUGAAGGAGUCGUCGUGCAGCUGUGUUGCAGAGAACGUCCGUUCUAGCGCGGUCUCUCUGUAGACGGAAGAUUUAGAUUCGGAUCGUCGGACACAAAGCGGACAGAGUCAGGUCGUAUUUGUUCGUUUCCUCGUGCGGAAACUGCAACAAACAGCUUUGCCUGCUGCGUGUGCUCUUCUUCGCCAUGGAGAUCGGAGCAACGGUGCCGCAGGUCCAUUGCCCGUCCGCGGACGGCGCGGGAAUGCCGCCGCACAGCUGGUCCCAGCUCGACGCGGAGAAGUUCAUGGUGCGGCAAGGGCCCAACUAUUCCAAGAACAAGCGAAAGGGCAGGAACGCGGGCGGUUCUUUCUACGAGGCGAGGGCGAUGGAUUGGUAUCGCUGUACCGGCAAGGUGGACGGGGUGGCCAAGCUGGCAGCGGCGGAGGGGCUACCCGAGGCGAAAUUCAGCCACCCGUCGGUGCCGUCGCUGCUCGUUGUGAACGUGCAGCUGCCGAUGGAGUCUCCGCAGGCGUUCAAGGGUGCAAAGCUCGACGGGCCCACCCUGCACGGGGUGUUCUACUUCACGCUGAGGGAGGAGACGGCCAAGGCCCUCCAGGAUCUAGACUCGGCGGAACCUUCCGUGCGACUACUCGCCGAGUACUUCAGGCGAGCAGAGUCGGAGCCGGAGAUGAGGACGCGGUUCAAGGCGAUAGCGGUGGUAAACAACCAAGAAGUAAUCAACAUGGCGCGCUUGAUAGCCCCCUUCAACGGCAAGCCCGUCCUCAUCACGGAGAGCGGGACGCUGAUGAGGGGCACACGCAGACCGGGCGCAGAGGAGGAGGGGGCUCCGGGUUCUGUUGCCGGGGCGGAGGGCGAUAGCGGUGGGAGCAACGGCGGUCGCAGCAGUAGUAGCGGCGGCAGCAGCUUUGGGGCAGACGAGUUUAUGGAGCUGGACAUUCACGUGAGGCGAUGGAACUUCAUGGCGCGCAAGGGCCUCAGCAAGCUCACCCCCAAGUUCGGGUUGAUAAACGUCAGCGUCGCCUUCCUUGUGGAAGGAAGAGAAGACAGCGAGCUGCCGGAGCAAAUUCUGGGGUGCGCAACCGUGAACUGCUUCGACACGACGAAGGCGCGAGAGGUCAACGUAUGACGAGCUGUAUACAUGCGACACAGGCGUGGGCUUGGGCUUGUUGUGUUUUUUAACACCCGCCGCCCCUUUUUUUUUCGGCUGCAUCAAAAGUAGCGGCGCGCGCCUUGGUAGGUAGUUGGUGCCGUUUAGAGUUUUUGGUUUCAAGGAAGAAGUUGCAGUGGGCAGCGGUGUUGUGCACACGAGCCACUUGCUCGGAAUAAGUUUGUGGGGUCGACGUGCUGGGUGUGUGCUUGGCGGCGGCUCGAUAAAUGUCGGGAGAGUCGUCAGGAGCAAGCGCGCUUUGUUUAUUGUGCUGUUGUCGUCUCCGGGGGGGGGAGGGGGGGGGGCGUUCAGCGGCCUUUUUCUGGCGUGAUGAGUGUGAGAGACGGCACGGCACGGGAGGGUAAGUCAGAAACCAUGGGAUGGCAAAUAAUUAGCUGUUUGGCUCACCGGUCUGCGGUGUAUCGUGGCAAUGUUACGAUUUUUUAGGUGCACCCCACGGUCUUGCUUGUAUGUAGCUACAUAAGAUUCCGUUGGUAAAUUUUACCAGUUUGCAGGAUUGUUCUUCCCUAUUAUUUCAGAGAUGGGGUGAAUGGACGCUGGCUGUAUGAUAGUUUGCACAUAGAGGUUGGCGGCUUGUACCAGUGCGUUUGUGUGACAAGACCGAAAGUGUUUCCCACAGUUCGGCCCCUAUACCGCGGUCUGUUGGUAUCCUCGAAGCCUUCAAGGGGUCAAGGUUGUUGGCGAAUCACCGCGUGAUACGCCCUGGGAAUCUCCCGCUCGUACUUGUAGCAAGUGCCAGCUUAUUUGAAGACAAGAGAAUCGCUGCGCCCUCUUCUCGACAAAGUGUUGCGCACGAACCGCGGACGGAUUAACCUUUUGUGACACCCCGCAACAUAGCUCCUCAGAAGAAAUAUAGAGUUGAAACUAAACUGUGUUGUAGGCAGAUUGUGCAAGCGACGUUGCCACUAGAUAUGUUUAUUCAGCAGACGGAGAGAAAGCUGGGCUUCACAUUCCGGCAACGCGUAAUAUAGAGUUGUUGGCAGCGGUGCCUGCUGUUCUCUCCGCCGAAGGUCGCGGAGGACAAGCCCGUUGCUCCACACCACCGACACGAGUCUUUGGGUUGACUUGGGCUUGAAUUUUUUCCUAUCAAGGCGGCGGGAAACACGCUGCGGCGGCACAGGAGGACCGAACCAUGCGAAAGAGUAGCAGCAGAGCACACGCGUUGUGCGUGAUCGCUGUUGCUGCUGUUGCUGCACUUUGUUUGGUCGUUUCGACGGCAUGCCGAUCGCUCCCCUGGCGAUACGUGUGCUGUAUUGGUGGCAUGGGGUUAGGUCCAACACUACCGAGACGUAGACAGUUCUUAACCUCUCGCCGCCCACACUUUCCGUGGCGGCUAUUCCUGAGAUCACGGUUUGGUGCACGCUUCGCGGAUGACCCUGAUUUUUUUUUUCCUAAUGUUAUCGGGACCGCGGUACUCCGAGUUGAUCCCCAAAGUUAAGCGGGUUGGAAGUCGGAAGGGAGGUCUAUGCGGCUUCGCAUCGAUACGAUGACUUAAUCCUGAUGUCUUUGCCCCUGGGCGACUUCCUCGUGCGGGAAGGAGCAGAGCACCUUGCACGGUGGCCUUCGCGGCGCACAGCUGCAAAACAUGUUGAAAUCGUCAUACGAUUGCGGCAAGAGGGCCGCGCGCAUCUUUCGCUCGCUCGAGCUUGACGCAUCUGAGGGCCGGAAUAACGGCCAAUCCUGGUCAAGCACAGGUUGGGUUCAAGUUCUCUCAGCGGACGCACCGGCGGAAAUACGCGCGUUACAUUUCCGUUGUACGAGCCAACGACGACAGCGAUAUAUUCUGAAGCCUUUUUUUGGUUCAGUUUUCUGUUGCAAAAUAUUAUCAGACCUUAUUCGAUUUUGACCCCACCAAAAGUGACCCCACUCCCUUUUUUUCACUUGGUUUUAGACUAGGCGAUCUCCGGUUUCUUCUCUAAAAGCAAGUUGUUUUUCUUCCUCCGAUGUUUCUCGAAAGCCCAUAGAUUUUCGUAUGGGUUGGAAGAGGUGGCUGGUUUGCACCGCAAUCGACUGCAUUUAUCUCCCGAGAACCAUGCGUGGAGCGUUAGUUUGUGGAGCGUUUUUGCGAGGCAGGGAGGGGCAGAGUAGAUAUUACAUCCGCUCCUCCUCAGGAACGUGCACGGACGAUCAGUACCAAAGGGUUCAUGUGCACAAUUUACUACGGACCGUUCCAACCAUUGGCCUCCAUUGUACUGCUGUUUCGACGGGAUACACACAACCUACAUUACGCCGCUGACAACAAUUAUACCAGGUGGACGCACAACAAAUACUGCAUUAAGUACUGACUGAGAACCAUAAAAAGGCAGACUCUUCUCUGUCGCGCGUGCGGCUGUGUGUGUUUGAAGAAAAAAUACCUGUCGUUGGUGGUGCGGUUAGUUAGCCGUUUGUUUCUGGAUCACAUCGCUCUGCAGACUUUUGUCGGUACGUUCGAAAACGAUAUUCCACCAACAUCUUCCUUCCCCACUGGCGACUACUCCAUCGGGACUGCCCGCGGUCUCCUUGUUGGGUCUGUACUCGGCGGGGUUCAAAUCUUACAGACCUCUGAAGGGCUUACGCAGAUUCAGAUGUCAACUAUGUUGCUGUUGUUGUUGUUGUUGAUGUCUUCACAUUCAAAACCGUUCCGUUCUCUCUGCCCAGUACCUUCUUCUGUCCUACGACCAGUCUAACACUUGACGGGGUCGAUUCCCGUGGUCACAAGCUAACUUACUACCCAGAAGAGGUAUACGAAAAUAAAAUGGACCCGAAGGGUCCGCAAGCCAAUAAAAGUCGACGACAGAUAGUCUAGGUCACUCCGCUCGCCUGUACACGCUAUGCGAGGUAACCCUAGGUUGGAAAAAAAUAGAAAAAAGAAAAAGACUACGGGAAUGAUAUGUAGACAGACUACAGUCCACCAUGCUUUGCCUCUUGCUCAUGUCUGUGACUCUAAUACAAUGAACGUGAGUCUCUGAAACAAGGACGUUGAGUCACUCCUAUGUGCAACGCACUCUCGACAAGAGCCCGCUAGAUUUUAUCACGCAGUGCACGCGCCGUCACCCCAGACACGACGGGUCUUCUACCUCUGACCUUUUCCGCACACAAUCGGGUUCUUUGUACCGUACCCCGAUCUCCAACCUCCGACAACACCUCGGGAAUUGGCAUAUCCUCAAUAUUUCCCACCGACGCUUCCGUUUUCAAGCAGUACAACUUCCGCCACGGGAAGAAAGAGAGAGAAAAAGGCUUCAGUGGAGGCCGGGGCUACCCUCGGGCUGUGAUGUACAGAGAUAUUGGCGCUUCUUGCCUUUCUCUCCCAUUCCAGCAACAAGAACGCCACGCUCGGCAGAGGCCCCAUGGUUGAGGCCUGCUUCGAAGUCUCUCUCUCUUCUCUCUCUUUCUUUUUUCUCUCUCUCUCGGAUGACUGAGGAUACCAUCCCAAAGACUGCUGAAAUUUCCACGGUUUCCUAGCUCUCUCCUCUCUCUCUCUCUCUC